GACUUCAACUUUAUAAGACGAGAGAGAAAGGGUUUUAACCAUUGCAGGUUUUGCGAAUUUGCAUAUAAAUUUUUGAUUCUUUCGAAACAGUAAUAUGGCAAGGGAUAGCUGUCUCGCUCGAGUCACUGCUGGUGUUGCAGUCGGCGGUGCUAUCGGCGGCGCCGUCGGUGCUGUGUACGGGACUUAUGAGGCUAUAAGAUUCAAGGUUCCAGGAUUUCACAAAAUAAGAUAUGUUGGGCAAACAACACUUGGUAGUGCUGCAAUAUUUGGUCUUUUCCUGGGUGCUGGAAGUCUGAUACAUUGUGGAAAGUCUUACUGAAAUGAAGUAAAUGUUUUUCAGUCAGUUCAUUUCAUUUCACCAAUAAAUUAUAGCUAGUUUUGUUAUUAUGAUGAGGUUAAGUGAAUGGUUGUUGCUAUAUACUUGUUUUGUAGACGAUUUUCUUUGAAUUGAUUUUGAUUUGAUUAUGAUGUGGUGGUAGCUGCUCAUUCAUGAGAGAACCAAUUGCCAUUCUCAUUCAUAACAGUUGACUAAUCUUUGGUCAUUGUUUGUUUUGCAUGUCUUUUAUUCUCCUGAUAUCAAUGGCUCUUUUCAUCUCA